AUGGACGACUCGCUCCAUCACCGGGCCAACUUCCCCUCCAACCUCGCGAUCUCCUGCAAGCGCCGGCCAGGCCGGGAGGACUUGUGCGCCGAGCAGAACCACUUUGGCGACGACCUGGCCGCAUUCGGGAUUGCUGCCAAAACAUGGGAUGCCUCCUUUGCGCUUCUCAACUACUUGCUCCUGCCCAGGAACACCGACUGUCUGCGCAGGAGACCAAGAAUGGAGAAACUGAAAUUGGUACUCGGCACCAUCACCGUCCAGGUCGGCACUUCAAACUGGAACCCAUCCUAUCGAGAUCUGGCCCUGCAGGACCCUGGGAACUGUUUCGACGGCAGCAUCAAUCUUCCGACGGGCAGAGCAAGGAUCUUGAUGGCGAUGAUUGAAGCAAGAUCUAUCUGCUCUGGACCACCCGCCAUCCCUCAACGAUUCACCUUGAUCUCCAAUCAACCAUCUUGA